ACCCAGGGAGCGUCGGUCACCAAACCUCCCCAGCAUGAACGCCGAGAGACGCCUCGAGGGAGAAAGGCCAAUGGAGGCGGGCCAGCAGGGAGGCGACACGUCCGUUUGCGGGCUCAAGCUUUCGGUUUCCUUUUCUCCAUCUUGCUCGGGAUUUUGGGGCGUCAUCGCCAGCGAAGUCGAUAGGGCGCAGCUCGAGAAGAGUCCCGCGGUAAGCAGGCUGGUGCGGGGGCGGAGAGUUCUCGAACCGUGUCUCCUGUGGGCUGCCUGGAAGAGGCGCGCAGAGACUUAGCUGGAUGCGGCCGUCGGGAGCCCGCUGGAGGGUGCACCUGCCGAGCGGGGCGACGCGGACGCCCAGUCUCUGGAAUACCCGCAAGGCCUGCUUCCCGGAGCUGCGAGUCGGUCAGCGGCGGGUCUCACCCCCGCCCGAGGUCGGGCGGGAGCCGGGCUGCCCGGGCAACUCCUUUGGAAAGCAAUUUGAAAGAAAUGAAGAAAACCAUCAGAAAUGAAGACAGAAGCUUCAUGGCCUUUUAUUGACUGGAGUGGAGUUUUAUUACUGCAGUUUUUUGGAAUGACACUGUACAGAAUGUCUGCUGAGGUCAUCCAUCAGGUCGAAGAGGCACUUGAUGAAGACGAGAAGGAAAUGCUUCUUUUUUUGUGCCGGGACGUUGCUGCAGAUGUUGCUCCACUUACUGUCAGGGACCUUCUGGAUAUUUUAAGUGAGAGAGGAGAGCUGUCUGCCAUGGGCUUGGCUGAGCUGCUCUACAGAGUGAGGCGGUUUGACUUGCUCAAGCGGAUUUUCAAGAUGGACAGAAGGGCAGUAGAGGCCCACCUGCUCAGGCACCCUCGCCUCAUUUCAGACUAUAGGGUGCUGAUGACAGAGAUUGGUGAUGAUUUAGACAAAUCUGAUGUGUCCUCAUUAAUAUUCCUCAUGAGGGAUCAUAUGGGUCGAAACAAAGUAGCCAAGGAUAAGAGUUUCCUAGAUCUUGUGAUCGAAUUAGAAAAACUAAAUCUGAUUGCUCCAGAUCAAUUGGAUUUACUAGAAAAAUGCCUGAAGAACAUCCACAGAAUAGACUUGAAGACAAAAAUCCAGAAAUACAAGCAGUCUGCUCAAGGAGCUGGAACAAAUUAUACAAAUGCACUCCAGGCAUCAUUCCCAAAUUUGAGUCUAAAGGAUCCUUCAUGUAACUUAAGGCUCCAGAAUGGAAGAAGUAAAGAACAAAGACUCAAUGUAAGACAACUUGACCUUCAACGAGAAUCAGUGAAGGCAUCCGUCCAGGAGUCAGGACCAUUUCUACCGAGGCACAUACCAGAGGAGAGAUACAGAAUGCAGAGCAAGCCCCUAGGAAUCUGUCUGAUAAUUGAUUGCAUUGGCAAUGACACAGAUUUUCUUCGGGACACCUUCACCUCCCUGGGCUACGAAGUCCAGUAUUUCUUAUAUCUGAACGUGGACAGUAUAAUCCAGAUUCUUCGCCAAGUUGCCCGCAUGCCCCAACACCAAGACUACGACAGCUUUGUGUGUGUCCUGGUGAGCCGAGGUGGCUCCCAGAGUGUGUUUGGUGUGGAUCAUACAAACUCAGGGUUCCCUUUGGAUCAGGUCAGGAGGAUGUUCAUGGGAGACGCAUGCCCUUUUCUCUUAGGGAAGCCAAAGCUCUUCUUUAUUCAGAACUAUGUGGUGUCAGAAGGCCAGAUGGACAGCAGCAGCUUCCUGGAGGUGGAUGGACCAGAGGUAAACAAUGUGGAAUCCAAAGCCAAGCAGCCCGGGCCCUGCACCAUUCACCGGGAAGCUGACUUCCUCUGGAGCCUGUGCAAGGCAGACGUGUCCCUUCUGGAACAGUCCUCUGGUUCUCCAUCAUUGUACCUGAAAUGCCUUUCCCAGAAACUGGGGCAAGACAGAAGACGCCCACUCUUGGAACUCCACACUGAACUCAACAGCAGCGUGUAUGAUUGGAAUAGCAGAGUGUCUGCUAAGGAGAGGUACUACGUCUGGCUGCAGCAUACUCUGAGAAAGAAACUUAUCCUCUCCUGUAAAUGAAUGGCCAAAAGCCUCUCUUAGCUUAGCUCUGUAGUCUUCAUUACUAAACUUUCCUAACCAAACUACCAGAAGUAAUUUUCAAGAUAUGUGGGUAAGAUGGGUCCUGUUAUCCUGUUAUGUAUUGAAAAGACCCUCUGUUAGGAAUGUUGUCAGGAAAGUUUGUUUUUUAAAAAAGAUUUUAUUUAUUCAUGAGAGACACAGAGAGAGAGAGAGAGAGAGAGAGAGAGGCAGAGACACAGGCAGAGGGAGAAGCAGGCUACCCAUGGGCAGCCUGAUGUGGGACUCGGUCCUGGGACCCUGGGAUCAUGCCCUGUGCCAAAGGCAGAUGCUCAAUCACUGAGCCACCCAGGUGUCCCAAGAAGGUAUGACUCCUUGUCAAGUCCAAGAUUAAGGCGCUAGCAGAUCUGGUGUCUGAUGAGGACCAGGUUCUGGGUCUACUGAUGGCCAUCUUCUCAUUGUGCCCUCACAUAGCAAAGAGCAGAGGGGGGAAGCAAGCUGUCUUGUAAUAGCUCCACCUUCAUGAGCUAAUUACUCCCAAAUUCUCUGUCUCCUAAUAUCAUCACAUUGAGGAUUAGGGUGUCAAGCUAUGAAUUUGCCCAGGGUCACAAACAUUGAGUCUGUAACUGGCCUUGUAAUUUGAAAUAUCUAGGACUCAAGUGAUAUUUUAUAGCAAUCACAUGUACUUUUCUUUCUUGGAUUUGAAGACCUAAAACCAGAUCAUUAUUUAAAAUAGCAUUUAAAGUUUUUAAAAAUUUAUUUAUUUUUAUAUUUUUUGACUUAAAAAAAGAGGUUAUUUAUUUAUUCACGAGA